AUGUCUCAAGAGAGUCAGCAGACCUCCGCUGCUACGCCAAGAGUAUUUGACCGCUUCUUUGACUAUCUUGGGCUCGCUCGUCUCAUUACCAAGACCUGUCAAGCACCUUCAAGGACCGGUAUUUUGGAGCCGCCAGAAGGUUCUCAAACAUACUGGCCCAACAAGGACACCAGCAAUAUCGACAGUGGGCCGACCACCGGUUUCCGACCCUUCACCAUCGACGAGCUGUCCCGUGAGAGCGGUCCAUCUCGACGAGCUCGCUGGGUAGUUCCCAAGCCAACCUGGUGCGUCUUCUGCAAGAACAACGGCGAGAGUGAAGCAGUUUACACCUCACACGUUCUCAAGAACAGCCUUGACAAGGUGGUCUGUCCUAGGCUAGGGGCUUCAUCAGCAGCAGACUUAUUCCGUCCACGGCAAACAGAGUGUCCGUGUGAAUGCUACAAGUAA